AUGGCGUACAGAAUUACUCCACAGUUACGAGAUAAAAUUAACCAUUUUGCACGCUUUCCUCAAACCGGCGUGUCUUUGAAGCAGAUGGUCAUGUUUGGUCAAAACCCUUCCCAAGGAACCUUAUUGAGGGCAACCCAAUUUUUGGCGGAUGAGCUUCCGAUUCGCAUCGCGCAUCGAAUUAAAGAAUUGGAAGAAUUGCCUCAUAAUUUGAGUGAAAUGCCAUCAAUAAUCAGAGUAAAAAAUUGGUAUGCGCAGUCUUUUGAGGAGCUUGUAAAUUUUCCUAAAACUGAACUUCCAUCAAAUAUAAGGGAGAGGCUUUCAUCAGGUUCUAUUAUCCAAAAAUUGCCGGACAGCGUUCCCCAUCCGGCCAAUAGUCCAAGUCAUCCUGGGAUAUUAAAACCAGCUAUUCCGAUUGGUCGCAGGUAUUAUACGAAAAUUGAUGACGUCGAAUGGCCUCCUGAAGUUCAUUAUUAUAACGAAAAAUUUACGAAGUUAAUUCAAGUUAUCAAAGCACGACAUAAUCCUGUUGUUACUACAGUGCAACAUAAGACAAAGACUGUAAUAGAUACGGACAUUCAGGCCUUCUUAGAUCGAUUUUAUAUGUCACGCAUAGGAAUUCGCAUGCUGAUUGGUCAACAUGUCGCGUUGAAUCAGCCAUCUUCUCGGUCAGAUUAUGUAGGUAUUAUUUGUACUAAAACGAAUAUUGCCCAAGCUGUCCAGGAAGCUGCCGACAAUGCCAAAUUUAUAUGUGAAGAGCAUUAUGGCUUAUUCCGCGCACCUGAAGUCCAAUUAUAUUGUCACAAUGAUUUGUUGUUUACGUAUGUUCCGACGCACUUAAGCCAUAUGCUAUUUGAACUACUGAAAAACAGUCUGCGUGCUGUUGUUGAAAAAUUUGGUGAAGUGGACGAAUAUCCACCAAUUAGAGUAAUUGUUGCUGAAGGAAAAGAGGACAUUACAAUCAAAAUAUCCGAUGAGGGUGGCGGAAUACCAAGAAGUAGUAUUCCUUUGGUAUGGACAUAUAUGUAUUCAACAGCUAAACCACAAAAACUGGACCCUGAAUUCAAUCAGACAGAUUUUAGAGCACCAAUGGCCGGAUUUGGAUAUGGGUUACCGAUUAGCAGAUUAUAUGCUAGGUAUUUUGGAGGUGACUUGAGACUUAUUUCAAUGGAAGGAUACGGAACGGAUGUUUAUCUUCAUUUAAAUAGAAUUUCAAAUAGUGAUGAACCUCUUCAAUAA